AUGUGCCGUUGGUUUGCGUACAUCUCACCAACAGAGCCCUGUCUCCUGUCAGAUGUCUUGAUCACGCCCGCAAACAGCAUCAGCAAGCAGUGCUCCGAGCAUUAUCUUCCUCGACUGCUUCCUCACAACAAGGACAAAGACCUCGAUCACACCUCGGAUGAGCUAUUGCGCAUGCGCAACUCGCUGUUGAACAUGGACGGACUAGGAAUUGCCUGGUAUACCGAAGCAUCGUCUUCCUACGUUAAGCACGUGACUGGUCCUCGGCCGGCACUCUACAAAUCUCAGAACCCCCCAAUCAACGACUUCAAUUUCAAAUCUCUGUGCGAGAACACCGAAACUCAUUGUGUUUUUGCUCAUAUAAGGGCCAGCAGUGGUAGCGUCGUCACUCAAGUCAAUUCACAUCCCUUCGUCUUUGGCCGCCACGUCUUCAUGCACAACGGCGUGAUCUCUAACUUCUCUGCCAUCCGCCGCGACCUAACCAACCUCCUGUCGUUCGACGCAUACUGCAACAUCUUUGGCUCCACAGACUCGGAGCACGCAGCAGCACUCUAUAUCACGAACUUGACCAACCACGGUGACAAGUCGACGUGGGAGAAGCCAUAUUCUCUCAAAGCCAUGUUCGCCGCUAUACGCAAGACUAUUGUUCAAAUCCUGCAACUCCAGCACUCGAAGCUCGGUAGCUCCAAUACACCCAACUCUCUUAAUUUCUGCACCACCGAUAGCACAAAGCUGCUCGCAAUCCGUUUUCGUAACCACACUACCCAGCAACCUCCCAGCCUAUACUGGUCUGAAUUUGCCGGCCGCACGCUCAACACAAAGUACCCUGGACAUCCUGACGGGAAAGAACUAAUUAACGAAGAGGCCGUGCUGGACAAGGAAGAAAAUAUCGGCAAGCAUACGAUCGUUGCGUCAGAACCAACAACCUAUGAUGAGAACGAAUGGCAUUUGAUCCAGGCAAAUCAUGCAUUGCUGGUAGACGAGGAGGGUGAAGAGAUGGAGGUAAAGAUCGAGUAUGAUGAGGAGCUUAAUGCUAAGGAUCCGAAGUUUGAUGCGAAGGAGUAG